AUGCACGCCAACCAAAGAAAAAAAAGUGCAGGGGAAAAAAAGUGAUAAGCAGCAAGCAGCUUCUGGGUUUUGCUUUCAAGCGCACUCCUGCUGAAUCGGUGUGAGUGUGUAUGUGUGUGAGUGUGUGUGUGUGUGUGUUUGUGUGGGGCGUUCACUUUUUCUCCUUCCACAGUAGCAACACUUGCAGCAGCGUCAGCCCCGGACAAAAGGCUAAACGCAGCAGAGCCACAGGAGGGGAAACUCAGGGAUAGAAGCAAGCAGAGUGGCCCAGCGUGACUGCACUUCUCAGGGAGGAACUCAACCUGCAUUUAGCCCUCCAGGCCGUGAAGUGGGGACAGGACAGUUCACUGUAAACCGGCCCAGGCUGCCUGCCAGUCUCUCUGCCCGAGCUGAAGAGCACAGCCUGAUACUGACUUUCACUUUGUUUUUCACAUACACCUCAGUCUGUGUCAUCCAGCGUCUGCUCUCCUACACCUGGACGUCCUUCCCUUCCAUCCGCCUGUCCUCCAAGAUGUCAGAGGAUGACUGCCUCUCGCCCAUUGGCCUGGACUGCUGCAGUUGCUGCCUGGACCUGGCCAACGGCUGCGAUGACUCCAUGUCCGGCGGUCCGGCUCAGGGCCUCCAGGGCACCACGGGGGCCCUGCCAGGAAGCCCCACAAGCCCCAGUGUCACUCACUUCCGCCAGCUCCGCAACCAGCUGGUGUACCAGAACCUGAACACAGACAAGCUGAACAACAUCAUGAGGCAGGACUCCCUGGAGUCGGUGGUUAGGGACCCAUGCUUCCUUCUCAACGAGGGGAUCUGCAACAGCAACAUUGACCAGACCAUGCUGUCCAUACUGCUCUUCUUUCACAGUGCCUCUGGUGCUAGCGUUGUGGCCAUUGACAACAAGAUAGAACAGGCAAUGGAUCUUGUCAAGAACCACCUGAUGUACGCGGUGCGCGAGGAAGUGGAGAUCCUCAAAGAGCAGAUCAAGGAGCUGGCGGAGAAGAACAACCAGCUUGAGAGGGAGAACUACCUGCUGAAGAACCUGGCCAGUCCAGAACAGAUGGAGAAGUUCCAGUCUCGCAUUCCGACAGAUGUGCUGUUACCGCUGGAUAAUCAGAGCGCCCAGGUGACCGUGGACCACCUCCAGCAGCAGCACACCUGCAACUACAGCGCUGGCUCUGCUGUAUAAGUGGCUCUGCCUUGGGGCGGGCAGAGCCACUGUCUCUUUACAGUAAUGGACCUCCAUUUUGAAUGAAAGUGUUACAAAUUCGCCGCUGAGAGCCCUUCUCGACAGUGAAGGUGAAGCAUCAGGGCUGUAAAUGAUCGAUGGGACACAAAAGAACUGCUGACACUGACGAGCACAAAACAGAACCUGGGACGCUCUGACCGGUGUGGUGUCAGGCCCGUCUUCUGAUCCCGUCCAGCUCUUUGUCGUUAGUCUCUCUUUUGUAGACAAAAGCGCUGAGAAAUAGAGAGUGGUCUGACUUCGUCACCGCUGAGCGCUUGCUUUGAGACAGAGGGAGGGUGGGGGGGCAUUCCCCUGCCUGGCCGAACCCUUCCAGCCAUCACCCUUAUGCACUAGAGAGAAGGGAGGAGGAGGAGGAGGAGGAGGAGAAGGGUGUUGACUGGGCUGGCCCUGCAGGUGCCGAGUUGGGAAAGUGUGCGCGAGGGGGAAAGUUUAUUCCCUGCUCGCCUAGAGGAGACCCGUGUGUGAGACGUUCCUCCAAGUCUCGAGGAAGAAGAAGAAGAAGAAGAGAGCCCCAUCAUGCAGAUCUGUCCAGUCACGAAACAUACAAGUUUCAAAGGACUCUCCCUGCCACAACAUUUCAGCCACAUAACUUUUCGGACUUUCUCCUGUACAUGCAAUGUGUUGCUCAUUUGUUCAUGUGCAUUUUAUUCAUGCCUAAAAAGAAUAAUCACCAGGAUGAGCUGCCGCGGAGGUCGCCGCAGUAGAAGCUGCCAGUCACGGCUGGCGGACGCUGCAGUGGACUGACCAGUGUGCUGUAAUGAUUCAGAACAUGUAAUCUUGUACUUUCUGCAGUUGGGGCUUGCUGCUUAUGGGGGAAAUUAAUCCUGCUAUAUCUUCUGUUUUUGUUUGUGAUUCGAAACAAAACUCAGUUGUUGUAAAAUAGGAGCAUUGUACAGUGGUCUUAAAAGAUGUUAUAUAUAAAUAUAUAUAUAUAGAUGUAUAAAGUAGGGCGCAACAGGCAUCUGCUCGCCUUGUUUGCCUCGCUCUUAAAAGUAAAAGGAAAACUACAUUGUACAUAAGGUCGAAACCUCAUGAGGUAAAAACGUAGUGGAGAUGGCGAGAAAGCGAACCACUGCUUUCCUCGCUACAGAUGCACUCCUGCAUUUAUUUUUUAUUUUUUAAGCAUCGUCCAGUAUCUGGUCCAUUUUUUAAAUUUGCUCAGAUGCCGACUUGAAAACGAUGGCAUCACAACAGUGCCUGUCUGUAGUGAGAGAGGAUUUGAACUCUGCUGUUGUUGUUUUUCUAGCUACCAAAGACUUUGCCUGUUUGUUUCUAAACAACAGAAAAACCAGGACCAUGUGUGAAACUUCACAGGGAGAAGUUGUGUUCGUAGCUAGUGCUAAAGUUUCUAUGUGUUUUGUAAAGAUAACGGUGUUGUUGCUGUACAGUAUCCUGGAAAAAUGGUUGCUCACUGAAGUGUUUGGAUACAGCUGCACAUUUUGCAAUAAACCUUGUGUUUACAUGACGCAA